AAAGUCAAGGGUUCUGACAAGGGCACCGUGACAGGGGCAGGAGAGGAGGGUGACAACCCCCCCAAGGAAGAACCCAGCGAAGCAGCUUUGAAAGCCACGGUGGUCGACCUGGAGGUCGGGGAGUUUCGGGGCCACAAGGUCUCGGUGUGGGACCUGCUCCACUCCCAGUAUAUCCCCGAGGAGAACAGGAAGGAGCUGCUGGAGCUGUACGGGGCGGGGGAGUUGACCCUGGAGCAGGUGAAGAGCGUCGUCACCACCAUCGUGAGCAAGGCAGCGGCAGCGAGGGCAGAGAAAACGUCACCCAUGGGUGGUCCUGAGGCAGAUCCUGAGGGCACAGAGGCUGAGCCCACCCCCCUGCACGGGGACAGGGCCUGGGAAGAGACCCUGAAGGCCACCCCAGUCGAGGGGUCGGUGGGUGAGUUCCAGGGGAGGCAGGUCUCGCUGUGGGACCUGCUCUUCUCCAGCUACAUCCCCGAGGAGAAGAGGCAGGAGCUGCUGGGGCUGUACCGUGAGGGGACACUGCCCUUGGAGCAGUUGACGCUUGUUGUCACCACUCUCAUUAAGAAAAGAGAAUCUACAGGCAGGAAAUUCCAAAUUAAAGUCAAGGGUUCUGACAAGGGCACCGUGACAGGGGCAGGAGAGGAGGGUGACAACCCCCCCAAGGAAGAACCCAGCGAAGCAGCUUUGAAAGCCACGGUGGUCGACCUGGAGGUCGGGGAGUUUCGGGGCCACAAGGUCUCGGUGUGGGACCUGCUCCACUCCCAGUAUAUCCCCGAGGAGAACAGGAAGGAGCUGCUGGAGCU